AUGUCUGCUUCCUUGAGUUGUCAGAGUGUGAUAUCGGUGACAAACAUGUUGACAUUCGUUCAAUAAUUUGUUCAAUAACAGUUUGAGAUUAUUCUACUUUAAAGUGUUGUGAAAUAUUCUAACGAUGACCAGUUGUUUUGAUACGUGGGCGAGGCUUUGACAAAUAGCGUGUUUCUGGCUAGCCAAUUAUAUAGCAGCUAACGUUAGCCAAUGUUACUUGGCUGUUGCUCGCGUCUUUGUUUUCACACCUUUGCCCCACAGAACGCGCUUGCCAGAGUCGGCACUUCGAUAUACAAUAACUCUGCAACACGAGCACUUCAUGUCACUGCAGCAUGCUGCAAGAAUCGUGCAGCUCGUAUUCGGGUGGGGAAGGAAGACCGACCACUAACCUAUGAGCAAGCACUCCACCUCCACCACAUAGGACACCGCAAUUGGCUCUCCCAGCACACUAGUAACCUACAGGGAGGAGCAUCAGAUCGUACUGUGGAAGACGUGUUUGUAAGACGUUUCCUCUUCGGAACUUUCCAUAACUGCCUGGCCAAUGAGAUUAUGAUAAAGCCACGAGGCAACAUGCUGGUGAUGUGUACCCUGAUGCUACAGAAGUUCUACUUCCUGAUUGGCUACACGGAGACACUGCUCUCCCACCUCUACAAGUGUCCUGUUAAGAUGGAGGUACAGACCCUGGAAGAUAAGGCUGUCUACAAGUACCUCUGAGACAGGAAUUGCUAACAGAUUUGACUUUCAAUACUUUUUUUUUAACCUUUAUUUUACUAGGCAAGUCAGUUAAGAACAAAUUCUUAUUUUCGAUGACGGCCUAGGAACAGUGGGUUAACUGCCUGCUCAGGCAUACAGGACUAUUUUGGGGAAACUCACCACCGUACAGUUGUAAAAAAUAAAUUGUAUUUGAAUGAGUC